AUGGCUCCAGACACACCCUCACCUCGUACAACAGAAACUGGCCAGCCCAGUCGUCCAAACCGACGCGUUCAGUGGGCCCAAUCGCCGUCGCCCCAUGCACUCGAUGAGCAUGCACAGGAUCCAGCGGCAUUCGCACAUCUCCGGUUGGCGCUUGAGGAGCAUCGAGAGGAGUCACCCACCACGGCUCCAUCCACGGCUCCUACGACUCCAACACUACAUGAAACACGUGAUUUGGGACUUGACGUUUAUGUCGAGCCGGAUGAACGCGAUGGAUUGCCCAGACCUGAUGGAGCCGCGUCGAUUGAACGGCGUGCCAGCCGACUUGUCAAGGCGCACCAGAGUGGUCGGUUCGGAGGAUGGCUGAGGCGCCGUAAGCCUAGGGAGCCCGAGGAGAAAAACGAUGACGAGGCCGAUAUCGAAAAACGCGCUACGGCUCCGAAAUCGACAUUGGGAGUUGGGAAUAUGGCGACUGGUCCGGGAACUGGUGGUGGUGUCCUCUCAGCGAACCGAACACUCGCACAAGCAUCAUCGGAAUGCCCAUUCCGCCUCGGCCGGCCAUCGCACUCUGCGAGUGAAUCGCCCACAACGGGAUCCAAUUCUGCUAUUCAGCCUUCUCCAUCUGCGGGACUUUCCUUGCAUAUUCCUAAAGGACUAAAACCCAGUUCUCGUCCUGCGGCUGCACGAUCUGGGGGUGGUGUCUUUGGAGGAUUGAUCGCUAGUACAGGAAACAUCACUGGUGUAGCCACUCCCGCUGCUUCUACUCUCGGAGCAGAAGCCAAACGUCCAGGAUACCAUUUGUCGAGAUAUUCCGCAGACAAUGUCGUACAAAAAGCCAAGAAAUCCAAGACCGCCGCAUCUUCGGGAACUGCCUCUCCCUCGGGUGUCGUGACUCCUCCUCAACCUAAACAGGAGACCCCUCCCUAUCCGCUUGCAUCUACCUCAGAUUCGGCAGACGGCGAUAUGUCAUCCCCAGAUCGCGUUCGACUGGAGACCUCGUCGUACUCGAUUUUCGGAUCCAAGUCUACUAUUGCGGCGCCCGAGACGGCAAAAGCCAAGCGUUCAUCUCUACAUCUUGGUGCGCUACCAGUGCCACAUAUUCCUGGUUGGACAACGCCCGGGUGGAGUACUCCUGGGACAGAAGAAGGGGGCACCCCGUUCUCCGAGUGGGGGACGAGUGGAGAGGAGAAGAGACGUCGAAGAAGAAAGGAGAAGAAAAAGAGACAAGAAGUCUAUACAAGACUUUAUCCUGAAGCUCGCUCGAGCUUUGAUGAUGUUGGCGCGCCAUCCCAUCGUCUGGAAGCACAAAUCCAAGCCACUGCUCGUGUACUGGACAUUCAAGUCUCAUGCAUGUACCUUCCCUCGGUUAUGCUCUUCUCCUUCGGCGACACGGCAACGCAUACAUCCGAUACCAAGUUCUUGAAACAAUCAUCGGCCCUCGAUCUAGGUAAACUUCUUGAUGCCCAUCGGAUCUACUGGCGUGUGAUUCAUGACCAACUGGGUGUGGGUGAGGCCAGCCAGCAAUUGGAUGAACUGAUGAAGAAGCGCGUGCUCUAUAAGGGUUGGAUCACAGUCGUUAUCGGUGGAUUCUGCAGUGCCUUCAUCACCCCUAUUUCCUUCAAGGGUAGUUUCGUCGACGCACUUGUCGCGUUCCCCCUUGGUGCACUAUUGGUCUUUGUCCAGAACUUGAGUGCCAAGAAUGAGCUCUACUCCAACUUUGAGAUCACGAUUGCCGGCCUGCUGAGUUUUAUCGCUGGUGCAUUCGCUGCAUCCAAACAUGUCUGCUAUGCAGCGGUCGCGUCUGGAUCUGUGGUGCUCAUUCUUCCCGGCUACAUCGUCCUCUGCGGUUCACUUGACUCGCCUCUCGGUCUAUCAUCUCUGGCUCGUAUUGGAGCGGAACUCUUCCAUGCCGUAUCGGGUCAGAAGGUUUUCGGAUCUGAGGAUUAUCUGUGCACAAACGUUCAUGACGCUAAUGGGCCGUGGUGGCAAAGGACUGCAGGUCCUUAUUGGGCAUUCUUAUGUGUUCCUGGCUUUUCUCUAUUCUUGAGUCUACGAAAUCAGAGCCCUUCGGCGCAAAGAACUUUCUUGAUUUCGUGUGCCGGAUGGGUCACCAACCGUUUUUCGAGCAUUGCAUUCCCUGGCCGAUCUGAUAUUACCUCGGCUUUGGGGUCUCUUGCUGUUGGAUUGGCCGGCAACCUCUACGGACGGGUUUUCAAUGGAACAGCAUUCGUAGUUAUGCUUACAGGCAUUCUAUUCCAAUUGCCCAGUGGUCUCGCAAACGGUGGUCUACUGUCAUUCGCAUCGACGAACAACUCUGUGGGCGCAAACUAUUCCUAUGGUACCGGAUUCCAGGUCGCAGAGCAGCUUGUGUCUGUCGCUGUUGGCUUGACCGUAGGUUUAUUCUGCUCUGCCGUCUUGGUCCAUCCGUUCGGUGGCAGUCGGAGACGCGGUGGAGGGUUAUUCAGUCUCUAA